UUUUUUGCCGAUUUCCCAAAAAAAAAUUGAUUUUCUUUUUUUGUUUUCUCUUUUUCAUUUGCUACCUAUUAGUCAGGAAGUUCAAUAUGGUGCAUUGGUUUCCAGAGAAUGUCGCAUCGCCGUAUAACAAUUCUCGGUGAUUUGGUUCUUAAAGACAAAGUGGUGGUCUACGAUCUUGUCCGCCAACGGAUAGGAUGGGCAGAAUACGACUGUUCUCAGGAGGUGAACGUUUCAGCGACAAGAGGAGGAAGAAGCAAAGACGUAAUAAGCACAGGGCAGUGGAGAGAGAGUAGUUCAAAGAGUAGUUAUACAAGUGAUUAUUAUUACUUGCUCUUGUUACAUGUAGUUUUCCUUCUCCAUCUUCGGAACUUCCGCUUCUUGUAGCUUUCUAGCAUUCACUCCCUUACACAGAGAUUGGGACUUAUUGGUUGUAAUCUUAUCACAUAUAGUAUGUAAUGUAUCACUAACUAAUUCUUACUUACCAUCACACGAACUCAGUCUUAUAUGAACUCUUUUCAAAUGAAGAACGUUGAGUCGUUGCGUUA